UAGGCGGCCAUACCAGUGAGAUUUACAGACGAGACCCAGAGAAGUCCAGGCAGGAGCAGAGCACGUCCUGACUCAGUUUUGUCACAGACGGCAAAACUGCCCUCGGCAGGCCAGCCUCAGCCCCUCCACAGAGGUAGCCAGCGGAAUCCCCAGCCAUGGGUGAGGUGAAGGCAGAGGAGGUGGAGAAGUUCCUGGACUCAAAUGUCGGCUUUGCCAAACAGUACUACAACCUCCGCUACCGGGCCAAGGUCAUCUCAGACCUCCUGGGCGCCAAGGAGGCAGCCGUGGACUUCAGCAGCUACCAUGCCGUGAGCAGUGUGGAGGAGAGUGAAAUCAUCUUUGACCUCCUGCGGGACUUUCAGGAGAAUCUGCAGGCUGAGAAAUGCAUCUUCAAUGUCAUGAAGAAGCUGUGCUUCCUCUUACAGGCAGAUCGCAUGAGCCUGUUCAUGUAUAGGGCCCGAAAUGGCAUCGCCGAGCUGGCCACCCGGCUCUUCAAUGUGCACAAGGAUGCUGUCCUUGAAGACUGCCUGGUGAUGCCCGACUCGGAGAUUGUGUUCCCCCUGGACAUGGGCGUGGUGGGCCACGUCGCACAGUCUAAAAAGAUCGUCAACGUUGCCAACACAGAAGAGGAUGAGCAUUUCUGUGACUUCGUGGACACCCUCACAGACUACCAGACUAAGAACAUCUUGGCUUCCCCCAUAAUGAAUGGGAAGGAUGUGGUGGCCAUAAUCAUGGCUGUGAAUAAAGUGGAUGGGCCCCACUUCACCCAGAAAGAUGAAGAGAUUCUUCUCAAGUAUCUCAAUUUUGCAAAUCUAAUCAUGAAGGUGUUCCACCUGAGUUACCUGCACAACUGUGAGACUCGGCGUGGCCAGAUACUGCUGUGGUCUGGGAGCAAAGUCUUUGAAGAGCUUACAGACAUCGAGCGACAGUUCCACAAAGCCCUGUACACAGUCCGAGCUUUCCUCAACUGUGACAGAUACUCUGUGGGGCUCUUAGACAUGACCAAGCAGAAGGAGUUUUUUGAUGUGUGGCCAGUCCUGAUGGGUGAGGCUCCACCCUACUCUGGUCCCAGGACUCCAGAUGGAAGGGAAAUCAACUUUUACAAGGUCAUUGACUACAUCCUGCAUGGUAAAGAAGACAUCAAAGUAAUCCCGAAUCCGCCUCCCGACCACUGGGCGUUAGUGAGCGGCCUCCCCACUUAUGUUGCCCAAAAUGGCCUGAUUUGCAACAUCAUGAAUGCUCCUGCGGAGGACUUUUUUGCAUUCCAGAAAGAGCCUCUGGAUGAAUCCGGAUGGAUGAUUAAAAACGUCCUUUCUAUGCCAAUUGUGAACAAGAAGGAAGAAAUUGUUGGGGUGGCCACGUUUUACAAUCGCAAAGACGGGAAGCCCUUUGAUGAAAUGGAUGAGACCCUCAUGGAGUCUUUGACUCAAUUCCUGGGCUGGUCUGUCUUAAAUCCUGACACCUACGAGUCCAUGAACAAACUUGAGAACAGGAAGGAUAUUUUCCAGGACAUGGUAAAAUAUCAUGUGAAGUGUGACAAUGAAGAAAUCCAGAAAAUCCUGAAAACCAGAGAGGUGUACGGCAAGGAGCCGUGGGAAUGCGAGGAAGACGAACUGGCCGACAUCCUGCAAGGAGAGCUGCCAGAUGCAGAGAAAUACGAGAUUAACAAGUUCCACUUCAGCGAUUUGCCCCUGACAGAACUGGAGCUGGUGAAAUGUGGGAUCCAGAUGUAUUAUGAGCUCAAAGUGGUGGAUAAGUUUCACAUUCCCCAGGAGGCCCUGGUGCGCUUCAUGUAUUCCCUGAGCAAGGGCUACCGCCGGAUCACCUACCACAACUGGAGGCACGGCUUCAACGUGGGGCAGACCAUGUUCUCCUUGCUGGUGACCGGAAAGCUGAAGCGCUACUUCACGGAUCUGGAGGCUUUGGCCAUGGUCACUGCUGCCUUCUGCCAUGACAUUGACCACAGAGGCACCAACAACCUUUACCAGAUGAAAUCCCAGAACCCACUGGCCAAGCUCCAUGGGUCCUCCAUCUUGGAAAGACACCACUUGGAGUUUGGCAAAACAUUGCUGAGAGAUGAGAGCCUGAAUAUAUUUCAAAACCUCAAUCGCAGGCAGCAUGAGCAUGCAAUCCACAUGAUGGACAUCGCGAUCAUCGCCACAGACCUCGCCCUGUAUUUCAAGAAGAGAACAAUGUUCCAGAAGAUCGUGGAUCAGUCUAAGACAUACGAGACUCAGCAGGAGUGGACACAGUACAUGAUGCUGGAGCAGACACGGAAGGAAAUUGUCAUGGCCAUGAUGAUGACCGCCUGUGAUCUCUCAGCCAUCACCAAGCCCUGGGAGGUGCAGAGCAAGGUAGCUCUGCUGGUUGCGGCUGAAUUCUGGGAACAAGGUGACCUGGAGCGCUCAGUGCUGCAGCAGAAUCCCAUUCCCAUGAUGGACAGAAACAAGGCAGACGAACUCCCCAAGCUUCAGGUCGGCUUCAUUGACUUCGUCUGCACCUUCGUCUACAAGGAAUUCUCCCGUUUCCACGAGGAGAUCACACCCAUGCUGGAUGGGAUCACCAACAACCGCAAGGAGUGGAAGGCGCUUGCCGACGAGUACGAUGCCAAGAUGAAGGUGCUGGAGGAGGAGAAGCAGAACCAGCAGGGAGGCAAGCAAGCAACCGCGGGAAAUCAGCCCGGGAGGAGCGCUGGCCCAGGAGGGGGCGCACCUGCGUCCAAGUCGUGCUGCAUCCAGUAGCACUAAGGGGGUCGGCUGACCGGAAUGGCGCCAGCCUUCGUGGGAAGAGGUUCCCAGAGCCAGUGGAAAACGGCACACCUUAUUGAGAAGUAAAAGAGACCUAGGACUUCAAAGCUGAAAGAGAAUUUAGCUUAUAUCUUAUCUAGUGGCUUUCAAACAUUUUUUCAGCCUUGAGAACUUUUUAUUGCACUAAAGCCAACAUUCUAGCUUUCAUAGACAUC